AUGUCGUCUAAAUCAAUAGUUUGGUCAGAUACUUCCGAAAAAUCCAUGAGACAAGGAACGCACCAACUCUUCAUAGCCAUAUUUGAAGAGGUCGACGCAAGCACCAGACGUAUCUCGGCCUCUUUGCGCCUCGUAUUCGUUCCUGCCAUGAUAAAUUCUGAUUAUAACAACAAAUAUUUCGCCUACGUCGUAUGGAUCGACCCAUCCAGAACCGAUUUUCCCCAGAACGCCGGGAUCGCUCAUUGCGGAGGGUCCUACAAGCUGCCCGACCUCAAGAACGGCAUCAGCGAAGGCAGGCGGAGCAUACGACUCGCCCAUAUGCACCUUCUAGUGGAGUUCAACGAUGGAUUCACCUUUGGGGAGUGCCAUGAUACGAUAUUGAGGUCGGUCGUUCGGUUCCCUAAAUCCAGAGAGAGCAGCUCGAACGCAUCGAUCGGAUUGUUGUCGCACUUCUUCGGUCGUGCAAGCCCGCCGGAGCAGCCCCAGCCUCUUGCGCCUCUGGACGCGCUGUACUGGAUUGUCGAGUGGACGAAGUGGUUGGAAGAAGGCGGCGAGAGGGGGAGUCCUUUGGGGCACAUACUCGAUAUGGUGCGGGAUGCGAGGGUCACGAGGAUGAGAAUCGAGGCCUUGAUGCGUGUUCACGAACAAACUUGGACCACAACGGCGACUCUCGGAAGGAGGCCGGACGUAAACAAGGUGUGCAUUUCAACCGCCGGCUGCGUUCAUUAUGGACGCUAUUUCGUCCCGAUCAAGGAGCCGCUUCAGCGCCUGGAUCCAUAA